CAUGUAUUACUUAAGGCUCUGUGUAACUACUUGAGUAACACAGAGCAUUUUUACAGCCAUGUCGGGUUAUAGACACCUUAUGUACAGUCAAAUGCCAGUAGAUCUUGAAUCACCCGAGCCUUUUUGGCUCGGGUCUCAAGCUCCUGAUGAUUCUCCUAGCAAAAUCCCUCCUGAGUGUCCUAGCCAAAUCCCUCCUGAGUGUCCUAGUCAAGUCCCUGAUCAGUCUCGUAGGCAAGUCCCUGGUCAGUCUCGUAGGCAAGUCCCUGAGGAGUCUGUUAAGACCUUUGCAGAUAGAAGGAAAUAUUCACCCAAAGAGGAUAGGAUCCUUAUUGGUGCUUGGCUUAACACCAGUAAGGACCCUCUCGUAGGCAACGAGCAGAGAGCUGUUGCUUUCUGGAAGCGUAUUGUAGACUACUGCAACGCCAGCCCUCAGCUCGUUGGGGAAGUACCGCGAGAGGUUACUUCUUGUAAGCAGAGGUGGUCUAGGAUCAAUCAUGAAGUAUCCAGAUUCACUGGUUGCUACAACCAGGCGCUGAGGGAGCAGAGAAGCGGCCCAAAUGAUGAUGAUGUGAUCAAAGCUGCUUACGACAUAUUCUUCACCAAGUACGAUACCAAGUUCACACUCGAUCACUGCUGGAGAGAGCUCAGGCAUGAGCAGAAAUGGGCCUCCACUUAUAUGGCUAAGGAUGGUGGAAAGGAAAAGCGGAGGCCAGUGGUGGAUCUUGACGGACCAGAAGAAAAUGUUGUUGGAGAAGAUGAGGAUAGACCAGUCGGGGUAAAGGCUGCGAAAGGUGCCAGUAAGAAGAAGAAGAGUGGUAAAGAUGAGGAGUUGUCUAAGCUACAAGGCGUUUUGGAACUUAAGGAAAAACUGUCUAGAAAUAAACUCCUUGAUCGCUUGCUGGCCAAGAAAGAGCCAUUGUCUGAGAUCGAAACAACACUAAAAAUGAAGCUUAUGUCUGAAAUGUUAUGAUGUGUACUGUGUGUUCUUUGAGGUCACUUGCAGGAAAAGUUAGUACUUGUUGUUAUUGUCCUAGAGGCCGUAGCUUCACAAGAUCUUUGGAUUUGGCACGCAUUUUUUGGUCUUCCAGGUACCUUAAAUGAUCUUAAUGUCCUCGAUCGAUCUCCUGUGUUUGAUGACCUUUUAGAAGGUCGAGCUCCCAGGGUGAGGUACAUGGUCAACAACCACAUGUAUAAGUUGGCAUAUUACCUCACAGAUGGUAUAUAUCCAAAAUGGUCAACAUUUAUCCAAACUAUCACACUCCCUCAAAGUCCUAAACAACAGUUAUUUGCUCAAGUUCAAGAAUCAGUCCGAAAAGAUGUCGAGCGGGCUUUUGGAGUAUUACAAGCUCGGUUUGCGAUUGUGAAAAACCCGGUUCGUACAAUGGCCAAAGAGAAGAUAGGGAAGAUAAUGAGAGCAUGUAUCAUACUACACAAUAUGAUAGUUGAAGAUGAACGAGAUGGUUAUUCAAUACGGUACGAUAUUUCAGAAUUUUUAGAAGGAGAAUCUUCCAGAACUUCAGAGGUCCUAAACGCAAACCCUACACUAAACGAAAUCCCGACAAUUCUCAAUAACAUAUUUCCCAACCGAAAUGAUCUUCGUGAUAGGCAAACUCAUGAACGAUUGAAGAAUGAUUUGAUCGAAAACAUUUGGAAUAAAUUUGGCGAUGAAGAUUAAUAAUUAGUAUCUUUAUAUUUAAACCUUGUAUCUUUUAAUCCUUGUUUCUUUUAAUUGAAUCCUUGUACCUUUUAUUUUAAUUAUGCAAUUAAUAAAUUUUCAAUUUCAAUUUUUUUUUUAAAAAAAAAAAUAUUUUAUUGUUAAGAACUCCGUCUUCGGGAUCACCAUUGGACGAGCUUUUUGGACUCGAAUCCUUCACUGUUCAAACAAAAAAAAACAAAAAAAAAUAUAUUAAACAAUUGCCAAGGAUCCCAAUGUGGGGAUGACCAUUGCAAGUGCUCUUAGUUUAUCUUGCAAAACUAGCUUUGAAUUUCUUCCAUUUAUGAUUUAUUAUUACUUCAAGGAAUAGAUAAAAAUCACAUGUAUUCUGUCUUUCUGAUUUAUUUUUUUAUACUAUGAAAAGUACUUUUACUUUGUCAACCUUACUCUUUUUAAAGAAAAACAACCUCCAAUAAAAUACAUAAUUCAUAUGAAGUAGAAAUUUGAAACUGUGUUUUGUUUUGGUGAUUGGAUUUAAGCAUGUGGCUGAUACGAGAAGCCAUUUAUAGAAAGACCUCCAUCCACGCAGAUGGUCUGACCCGUUAUAUAAGAAGCUGCAGGCAUACAAAGAAAUGCCACAAGCGAUGCUGCCUCUUCCGGCUUCCCUAAGCGCCCCAAGGGAUUUAUUGAUUCCAUUGCUUUCUUGAAUUCAUCAUCAAA